AUGGCGGAUCCAUUAUCCAUUACCGCUAGUAUUAUCACGCUCAUACACGUCUCUGUUCAAGUGACGGUACUGGUCAAACAGUUUCGCGAUGAGGUGACUGUCGUGGAUGCGACGCUUACGAGCCUUCUCAACGAUGUGGGCGGGUUCCAGCGCGUACUAGAAUCCAUGAAAGAGACAAUCGAGGAAAAUGACAACAAAGAGACUCUACAAGCGACCGGUCAUGUAGGUAACCACUGGAAAAACCUCGCGCGCUCGCUGGAGGAUGGUGCAGACGCUUUACAGAAGCUGCACGCCACCUUAGACGGGGUCAACAAGAAGACAUUGGUCCUUGAUGCACCACGGAAGCAGCUCAGGUUGAAGGGCGCCUAUGAGCAAAUCGCGCGAUACCGGGAGCAGAUUCAAACAUCUCACACCGCGAUUCAGCUGUCGCUCAGUACAAUUGUCCUCUGGAACCAGGUGACUUUCCAAAAGUCGACUGAGAUGAUACCGAACAAAAUUGUUCCAACACUGGACAAAUUGUACGAUGAAUUCCGCACGUUCGGUGCUCUUCUCAAUGCAAAGAUCGAAAAGCUCCAAGAUGCCGUUGCGGAUCAGAACGACUUAGAAAAUUACGAACUUAUGUACAUGAACAACUUGCGGGAGUGUGUUCGCUCAGCCGCUGAUGUCGUGUCAACUGCUUCGACAACGCUUAACGCAGAUACGAGCGACAAGAUCUCCGUCAAGCAUGGUUCCGAUUUUGGAGACGUCUUCGUCAAAGACGCGAACGAACCCAUGCUACGUUGGUUUGCCUCGAACACCGUAUACGAUUUCGAAGACGUGGAAGCACCAUUAUCCGCUCCAUCGGAAGCUAGCAGUGGUGAUGUCCAAACAGAGUAUCAGUCAGACAGCGACUCAGAUAUCGAAAACGACCUGAUCCGAUCUCUUUUUAACGAGGGCAGAAAAAGGAAGGAAAUCGGCGAUUUAGAAAGCGCUAUUCGCUAUUUUCGAAACUGUCUCACGCGAUUUUCGUCGAAUGCUAGCUACACAUCUCUGACCUCAGCAAAAAGCGCAGCAGCAUGUGGCGUAUCAAAGAUCGAAUUACUCGAGCAUCUUAUUGAUUGCUACUGUCUUCUGGAAGCGUGGAGCAAAGCGAAAGCGAUCAUGAAAGACAAGCUAUUCAUUACCGAGCGCCAAGUUGGCAAGAAAGACGAGCUCUAUCUACGGGAUACUCUAAACCUGGCCGAGCUAAUGAUGAAGAAUCGUGAAUACGUCGAGGCGCAUCUCCAGGCACGGCGAUCAUUACGAGGAUUCAGGAAGCUGGGAAAACACGGGAAUGGUGGCUAUGAAGAAUGCUUAGAGUUCUUGAUUCGGAUUUGUAAGACCGAGGGGAAAAUAGACGAAGAAGAAGCUUAUUCAGCUUUACUGGCAAGCCAUGAGAGGAAGAUCAAACGGUCAGCUUCGGUACUUAGGACUAUAGCGCCGUCUCACGAUAGCGCAAACCUUCAGUCAGCUUUCAGCCUGAUCCUAGAGGAUUCCGCUGAAGCAGCCCUUGUAGUCUCUCGACAAGCAGAGGAGACGCCGACUCAUGUGCAUGACUUGGGGAGUAAUGAGGCACUACCGACAGAGACAGAGGGUCCGACUCUGCCUUUACCUGCCGAGCUCCAAGUCCAACCCCCUGAGAGCUCUCAGUUCGACGAUGCAGAUGAGGCCACCUCGGAAGAGAACUCCAAAAGCGUCUCCGAAAGAGAAGAGAUGACAUCUGCACAUCAAUACCCAAUAGUUUCUAGACCGAGCCCAAUCUCGACGAGCCCAAGUACUCCACAGGAUUACGAAACGGUAUCGCUGCCUGGCGACGACAUCUUAGCGUCAGAACAGAACUUGUUGACUUUGGUAUCACAAGAGUACAUAGGUACAUUAAGCACGGAAUCUGCUACACCUGAUUUAGGAGUCAGCUCUGAAUUGCCCGCUACGCUGACUUCACCGAACUCUGGAGACCAUUCUCACCUCGAUGUAUACGCGGACCACAUUGCAGCUGCUCAAUUCACUUGCAUGUUAUACAAUGCUGCGGCGGAUGAAGCGACCAAAAAGGCACUGAAGAGUCAAAGAAGAGACGCUCGUUUUCUGAGAGCAUACUGUAACUUGUUUCAUGGCCAAGAUCCUCACUACUAUACAGAAAGACGUGACGACGGUUACUGUUGUAUGAUCAGGAUCAACAUUAAACACGGUUGGCAUUGCAUAGUGUCGGGCUACGAGAUUGAACAACAGGCAAAGGAUGCAGCAGCAGCUAAAGCAUGCGAGAUGCACAUCUCUCGUGCAGACGAAAUGCUUACGUUGGAUACAAUGGAGCGACGCGAUCCUAGCUCCGACAAGGAACUAUGUAUCCCAUACGAUAGCCAUUUACUCCCCGAAACAUUCUUGGAGCGAUUAGAAGGAGUGGGAGCCGCAUCUUUUUCCCCUAUCACAUUCGCAGAUAUACCCCAUAUCACGAUAUCAGCGGAAACCGAUGAACAACCUACAGGCACCGGCAACGGGGAAGUCGCGACACCUACUUCGGAAAAUUCGACAAAUUUAUCGAGAGUACGGCGUAGUGCAUCCGAUUCUAAGAUACUUCCCAACCAAGCAGCAGGACAAGGGCUUGUCGAGAAGUUUCUUGCAAGCUCUACCAAUGAUUUCGAGCGUCAAGCGCUUGACCGCUACCAGACACUAUUGACACCAUUGAAUCUGAAUGCACCAAAAGGCGCGAUCAUACGGCGGAAGGUGAUACUACUAGGAGACACAUUAUGUGGUAAAAGCUUCCUCGCAAGCACGUGGAGUGAAGGGGUUGUUCCAGAGGAAGAUACACCUGUGAUGAAUCACUUCAUCAAGUCAACGAAGAUCAAGGAUCGUCAAGUCGAGCUUGUCAUCUGGGACAACACCGGUAGAGAAGGCUAUGAGAUAAUGCGCCGUCUCUCAUACGAUGAUGCGCACAUAGUGUUGAUAUGCUUCGACAUCGGUGAUCUAGACUCAUUUGAGAAUAUUGACUAUAUGUGGAGCGUUGAAGUGAACGAUUAUCUCCGCGAUCUGCCUAAGAUACUUGUUGGGUGCAAGAAGGAUCUCCGCAAUGAUAACGCAAAACUCGACAGCUUGCAUCGUCAGCAUUUGAUACCAAUAUCUCCAUAUGCUGCUGACCGGCUUGCAAUGAAGAUACAUGCUCUAGCAUACUUCGAGACAUCGGCCAUUAAGCGACAAGGUCUCUCGGAGCUCUUUGACUAUGCAGCGGAGGCUUCCCUGAGAACGGUGCCGAAAUCCAAGACAAGUGGUAUAAGAAAAGCUUUGUCAAGGGGAAUCCAAGGUUGA